UGGAAUUUGCAGGUGUGGAGAUGACCAUGGGACGCCAGGGCCGUGGGGGACCGUUUAUUUUGUAGGCAUUGCUCAGGUUUGCAGUUUUUGUUUUCCUGGUGGAAUUUGAAAGGGGUCAUGAAUCAAACUGAUGCUCCUCGACCCCUAAACUGGACUAUCCGGAAACUGUGCCACGCAGCCUUUCUCCCAUCUGUCAGACUUCUUAAGGCUCAGAAAUCCUGGAUAGAAAGAGCAUUUUAUAAAAGAGAAUGUGUUCACAUCAUACCCAGCACCAAAGACCCCCAUAGGUGUUGCUGUGGCCGUCUAAUAGGCCAACAUGUCGGCCUCACUCCUAGCAUCUCUGUUCUUCAGAAUGAGAAAAACGAAAGUCGCCUCUCCCGAAAUGACGUCCCGUCUGAGAAGUGGUCCAUCAGCAAGCACACUCAACUCAGCCCGACAGACGCUUUUGGGACCAUUGAGUUCCAAGGAGGCGGCCAUUCCAACAAAGCCAUGUACGUGCGAGUGUCUUUCGAUACAAAACCUGACCUCCUUCUCCACCUGAUGACCAAGGAAUGGCAACUUGAGCUUCCCAAGCUUCUCAUUUCUGUGCACGGGGGCCUGCAGAACUUUGAGCUCCAGCCAAAGCUCAAGCAAGUCUUUGGGAAAGGUCUUAUCAAAGCUGCCAUGACCACAGGAGCCUGGAUAUUCACUGGAGGGGUGAACACAGGUGUUAUUCGUCAUGUCGGAGAUGCCUUGAAGGACCAUGCGUCUAAGUCUCGGGGGAAGAUAUGUACCAUAGGUAUCGCCCCCUGGGGAAUUGUGGAAAACCAGGAGGACCUGAUUGGGAGAGAUGUUGUCCGGCCCUACCAAACCAUGUCCAAUCCCAUGAGCAAGCUCACUAUUCUCAACAGCAUGCAUUCCCAUUUCAUUCUGGCUGACAACGGGACCACUGGAAAAUAUGGAGCGGAGGUGAAACUUCGGAGACAACUGGAAAAGCAUAUCUCCCUCCAGAAGAUAAAUACAAGAUGCCUGCCGUUUUUCUCUCUUGACUCCCGCUUGUUUUAUUCAUUUUGGGGUAGUUGCCAAUUAGACCCAAUUGGAAUCGGUCAAGGCGUCCCAGUGGUGGCGCUCAUCGUGGAAGGAGGACCCAAUGUGAUCUCCAUCGUCCUGGAGUACCUCCGAGACACCCCGCCGGUGCCGGUGGUGGUCUGCGACGGGAGUGGACGGGCGUCCGACAUCCUGGCCUUUGGGCAUAAAUAUUCAGAAGAAGGCGGACUUAUAAAUGAGUCUUUGAGGGACCAGCUAUUGGUGACCAUACAGAAGACUUUUACAUACACUCGAACCCAAGCUCAGCAUCUGUUCAUCAUCCUCAUGGAGUGCAUGAAGAAGAAGGAACUGAUUACCGUGUUUCGGAUGGGAUCGGAAGGACACCAGGACAUUGAUCUAGCCAUCCUGACUGCUUUACUCAAAGGAGCCAAUGCCUCUGCCCCAGACCAACUGAGCUUAGCUUUAGCCUGGAACAGAGUGGACAUCGCUCGCAGCCAAAUCUUUAUUUAUGGGCAACAGUGGCCGGUGGGGUCUCUGGAGCAAGCUAUGCUGGAUGCCCUAGUGCUGGACAGAGUGGAUUUUGUGAAAUUACUUAUAGAGAAUGGAGUAAGCAUGCACCGUUUUCUUACCAUCUCCAGACUAGAGGAAUUGUACAAUACGAGACAUGGGCCUUCAAAUACAUUGUACCACUUGGUCAGGGAUGUCAAAAAGCGAGAAUAUCCAGGUUUCGGUUGGAUCUAUUUUAAGGGAAACCUGCCCCCGGACUACAGAAUCAGCCUGAUUGACAUCGGCCUGGUGAUCGAGUACCUGAUGGGAGGAGCUUAUCGCUGCAACUACACGCGCAAGCGCUUCCGGACUCUGUACCACAAUCUCUUCGGCCCCAAGAGGCCCAAAGCCUUGAAACUGCUGGGGAUGGAGGAUGACGUUCCCUUGAGGCGAGGAAGAAAGACAACCAAGAAACGUGAAGAAGAGGUGGACAUUGAUUUGGAUGACCCUGAAAUCAACCACUUCCCUUUCCCUUUCCACGAGCUGAUGGUGUGGGCUGUCCUGAUGAAACGACAGAAAAUGGCCUUGUUCUUCUGGCAGCAUGGCGAGGAAGCCAUGGCCAAGGCCCUGGUAGCCUGUAAGCUCUGCAAAGCCAUGGCUCAUGAGGCCUCUGAGAAUGACAUGGUUGACGACAUCUCCCAGGAGCUGAACCACAACUCCAGGGACUUUGGCCAGCUGGCCGUGGAGCUCCUGGACCAGUCCUACAAGCAGGAUGAGCAGCUGGCCAUGAAACUGCUGACGUAUGAGUUGAAGAACUGGAGCAAUGCCACAUGCCUGCAGCUGGCCGUGGCUGCCAAGCACCGCGACUUCAUCGCGCACACGUGCAGCCAGAUGCUGCUCACCGACAUGUGGAUGGGCCGGCUCCGGAUGCGCAAGAACUCAGGCCUCAAGGUAAUUCUGGGAAUUCUACUUCCUCCUUCAAUUCUCAGCUUGGAGUUCAAGAACAAAGACGACAUGCCCUAUAUGUCUCAGGCCCAGGAAAUCCAUCUCCAAGAGAAGGAGCCAGAAGAACCAGAGAAGCCCACAAAGGAAAAAGAUGAAGAAGAUAUGGAACUGACAGCGAUGUUGGGACGGAAUAAUGGGGAAUCCUCAAGGAAGAAGGAUGAAGAGGAAGUUCAGAGCAGGCACCGAUUAAUCCCUCUGGGCAGAAAAAUCUAUGAAUUCUACAAUGCACCCAUCGUGAAGUUCUGGUUCUACACUCUGGCGUAUAUCGGAUACCUGAUGCUCUUCAACUAUAUCGUGUUGGUGAAGAUGGAGCGCUGGCCUUCCACCCAGGAAUGGAUCGUCAUUUCCUAUAUUUUCACCCUGGGAAUAGAAAAGAUGCGAGAGAUUCUUAUGUCUGAGCCAGGGAAAUUGCUACAAAAAGUGAAGGUGUGGCUACAGGAGUAUUGGAAUGUCACAGACCUCAUAGCCAUCCUUCUAUUCUCUGUCGGAAUGAUCCUUCGUCUCCAAGACCAGCCUUUCAGGAGUGAUGGGAGGGUCAUCUAUUGCGUGAACAUUAUUUAUUGGUACAUUCGUCUACUGGACAUCUUCGGCGUGAACAAGUAUUUGGGCCCUUACGUAAUGAUGAUUGGAAAAAUGAUGAUAGACAUGAUGUACUUUGUCAUCAUUAUGCUGGUGGUGCUGAUGAGCUUUGGGGUUGCAAGACAAGCCAUACUCUUUCCCAAUGAGGAGCCAUCAUGGAAACUGGCCAAGAACAUCUUCUACAUGCCCUAUUGGAUGAUUUAUGGGGAAGUGUUUGCAGACCAGAUAGACCCUCCUUGUGGACAGAAUGAGACCCGAGAGGACGGUAAAAUCAUCCAGCUGCCUCCCUGCAAGACGGGAGCCUGGAUCGUGCCGGCCAUCAUGGCCUGCUACCUGCUGGUGGCCAACAUCCUGCUGGUCAACCUCCUCAUCGCCGUCUUUAACAACACGUUUUUCGAAGUAAAAUCAAUAUCCAACCAAGUGUGGAAGUUUCAGCGCUACCAGCUCAUCAUGACUUUCCAUGAAAGGCCGGUGCUGCCCCCGCCGCUGAUCAUCUUCAGUCACAUGACCAUGAUAUUCCAGCACCUGUGCUGCCGCUGGAGGAAACACGAGAGUGACGCAGAUGAGAGGGAUUAUGGCCUGAAACUCUUCAUAACCGAUGAUGAGCUCAAGAAAGUGCAUGAUUUUGAAGAGCAAUGCAUAGAAGAAUAUUUCAGAGAAAAGGAUGAUCGAUUCAACUCAUCCAAUGAUGAGAGGAUACGGGUGACUUCAGAAAGGGUGGAGAACAUGUCCAUGCGGCUGGAGGAGGUCAACGAGAGAGAGCACUGCAUGAAGGCUUCACUCCAGACCGUGGACAUCCGGCUCGCGCAGCUGGAGGACCUCAUCGGGCGCAUGGCCACGGCCCUGGAGCGUCUGACCGGUCUGGAGCGGACCGAGUCCAACAAAAUCCGCUCACGGACCUCCUCGGACUGCACGGACGCAGCCUACAUCGUCCGCCAGAGCAGCUUCAACAGCCAGGAGGGGAAUACCUUCAAACUCCAAGACAGUAUAGACCCUGCAGAACAUCCUUUUUAUUCAGUAUAAACCGGCAGCACGCAGUUCUACCUAACGUCCCACAUCCUUCUCAUGCCAACACUUCUGUAAUUGAUCAUUAUAAAGAAAAAUCAAGGUAACAGUCAUAGUUCACCUGUCUCUUAUACAUUCACUUUUGGUGCCACAACUGUUUAUCUUUUUUGAAGAAAAUAAGGGAAAAGAAUUGCUUUUGUAUUGCAUUCAAAAUGAAAGAAGAAUUGAUAUUAAAAACAAAUGUCAAGUGAUUUAUUAUAAAUAGUGGGCAUACAAGUAUAGUUGAGCAAGCUCAGGAUGAAUGUAAUUAAACAAUUUUAUAUUUUUAAAUUUAUUUUGUAUCUCACCUGUCAUCAAUGAAUUCACUCACUAAGGAUAUAAUAUCAGAUUGAACUAAAAAAGAAAAUAGUGGGCAGAACUAUCCUAAAAUUGUCAUAUGCGAUAUUAUUAGAUUCUUACCAUUCAUGUCAUGUGUUUUGCGGCUGUGGGAUGUUCAUCAUUUGCAUGACUCCACCAUGUCUUUUGAACGCCGUCAACAUGUAACUGCCAAUUUUUCACACCACUCAACGCAUGAUCAUUUUGUAUAUGACUGUAUGGUUAUAUGUAGAUAUUUUCAUACCUAGAGUUUUGUCAUCUAAGCUGAGCUCAGCAUAAAUUUAAUUGGAGUUUUUCAAGAGCUGGUAUCUUUUUUAUGGAAAUGUUCCAAAGUACUUUCUAAGGAAGUUUCAAAACCAUAAAUAUCUUUAGAAUUGACUGGGAGUUUGGUAUCAACCCAAAGUCAUCAGUUGUAGGAAUACCAUGAAUAUUUUUCUUAUAUUCAGAGCUAUUAAAAAAAAAAAGUUACGGUAGACCAAAAUAGAAAACAAACCAAUACAAAGAAUUCUAUUACAUAUGCUGCUUAUAUACGUAUAUAUGCAUUUAUACAGAGAGACAUGUUUAUAUAUAGUAUAUAAACAGACAUAAAGAGUUUUGUUAGGAGGCUUGGACUUUUUUAUGACCUUGAGGUAUAACUAUGAUUUUUUUUUUUUAAUAUACAAGGAGUUCCAUUGAAAGAGUUCAUUAUAUUAUUCAACCAAAUGUUGAAAUUGUGAUUUUUUUAAAUCCCUAUGACCUUAACUUUUACCAAACUGGAGUUGUCCAAACUACUCCCUACCUGCCCUCUUCCCCUUUUUGUCCAGAAUUACUCACUGUCAUGCCAUAUUGUUUAGUUCUGGCUUCUCCUGCACUAAAGCUAUUUCACCAAGUGCAAUCUGAAUAGACAUGCAAUUCCAAACCAGUUAGAAUAUACAUGUAAGCUUCUAGAUCAGAAUCUGGAUUUGAAGUGGGAGAAAGAAAUUUUGACCCAAAAUCUUCAGAUUCCUAUUUGGGUCACUGAGGCAAAAAUGAUGAAGUCUUUAAGAAAAAUUACUUAAUGUUUCUGGCCCAAGAUGCUACCUGGUUCUUUUUAGUUAUGUUUGUGAACUCCAAGAUUUAUGUCCUUUUGUGAAACCAAGUAAAUACAUGGACAAAACCUCCAGCCCUUAAAUAUUAAAAACAACAAUAAUAAACCUUCUGAAUCAGUUUUUCAGAUGUAGAAAGAGUGAUGAGGUCACAUAUGUAAAGAAUUAAAGAAUUAUUUUUCACUCCUUGAUAUUUAGAUGAAUCAGAAACACUCAAGCAAGCAAACUACAGGUCAUCACUUCUGUGCUUAUAAUUGCUCUAGAAACACUUAGAUUUUUGAUGGGCCCCAUACUGACUGCAAAGGUGGAUUUUGUCUAAGAAUAAAUCAGUUGUUCUAAAACUUCCUGGAGUCAUGUAUCCCUAGGAAGAUCUGAUGAAAGCUCUGGUCCCUUUUCCCAGAAAAAUUCACGCACACUUACAAAGUUUUCAAUAGAAUUUUAAAGAGUUCAAGAACCCCUGCUUCCAUAUUGAUUUAUCAUGGGGAAAAGGAACCAUGUUUGUUCCUAAUCAAUACAGUCAUAACAGGCACUUUUUAUUUUGAGACCAUUUCUCUGUGAUUCUCAGGAAGGCCAAGUCUCAGCAUUAGAAUUUGAACCAAGAUGUCAUUAUUUUCAUUCCUUAGAUUAUAUUUUGCCAGCUUGAUGUACCUGUGUCCAAACAUUUUGGUGAUUUUAAGUAGCAAGCAUACUUACAAAACCAAAAGGCUCUCGGAGGGAGACUGUAGAGGAAUCCAAGAAGGAGGCAAAAUCUAUAUUCUCUGACCACAGAGCAGGACACCACAGCACCCCCAGGGCCUCAUCCUGGACUAGAGUCAAGAUUGGAAGUCAGGAAAAAUUAUGAGCAUGAGUGUUUCCAUUCAUUGUGAUUUCUAGAGAGAAAAGAACAGGACCUGGGAAAAAAAUACUUAACAGUCCUGACCUCCUGACUACCUGGUUCUUUAUUUAGCAUGAAAAUUAAGUUCUGACAUCUUUUGCGAAAUGUGUGACAUAUAGAAGCCAAAUUUAAAUGACUGAACACACGCUAACUUUCAUGAGCCAUUUCUUUCCUGUGCACAUACAUGUGUAUUGUUUUUCGAUCCAUUUCUUUCCAUUUCUGAGUUCUCUGCAUACCAAUGUGGCAUUGAUUCUGUGGCCUUCUACAGUCAGCUUGUGCUUAGCUCAUUUAUUGCUACCAUGUCUCUGAUUGAGGGGAUGUUAAUUACCUGUCUCUGUGAAUUAAGCAGCUCAUGAGCAGCGAGUUAUUGAGAGACGUAAAUAAAGUCACAGAGAACCCAAGGAAGGAAUAGAUUCAGUUUAAUCAUCUGCUUCUCAAGUGCCAAUUUUUAUAUACUACUAUACGUACUGAUUUAUUCUGAAUUACUUCUUCCUUUUGAAAAAAAAAAUAAGGAUGUUUUAUGAAAAUGACCAUGGAGGUUUUCUGAUUAACAAACACCCUUUAUAUUUAGCGUUAGAUUAACCCCCUCCUUUAUGGAUUAGAUCAAGGCACUGGAAAGCAUGAGUGUGAUUAUCAUGGCUAGUUUGUGUAUUUCUCCAAGCCGAGAAGUGAAUUAGCAGUUAGAACACAGCACUUUACAGAAAUGGAUUUUUUUAAAGUCCAGAUUUCCAGGUUUAGAAUAUUAUUGAGCACUUUGAAAGAUCCCCUUUAAAUAAUUAAAUAUGUAUGAGAAUAAUCAAAUGGGGAAAAUAUACUCAUAAAAACACAAAAUGUGUUUCUUCUGAAUGUUUCAAAUGUAUUCUAAAAUAUGGUUUCUAUAGAUAAUAUUGUGGUAGAUAACUGGAUAAGUACAUUUAUUCUACUCUCUGAGGCUGUACAGUCUAAUCUUUCUGAAUGUUUGGGCUGUUUAACUUCUUCAAGAUAAUAAAUAUUAUCCAGUCAUCCAUCGUGCUGUAUCUAUGGGCUAUAUCAUUCAAUAUGUCCAGCAAUGCUGUAUUAUAAAACACAUGUAAACAUAUAUGUAACCCAUGUUUAACUCAGCAUAGUUGUAGCAUGUGGUUGUAUUAAUGAACGUUACAGGACAGCUUUAUAAUCAUUUAUAAAUCUGUAACAUUCAAUAAAGAAGCACAUGUUGCAAGGAUGAAUUAUGUUCCCAAUUCCAUGUUAUUUAACAUCUUCAUAAAAUGGGCAUUUUUGUUCCUGAUCUUCUUAAUGUUUUUCACAUUUCUGUAGACCACUGUAAGAUAUCUGUAUAAGCGGAUGUAUAUCUUCUACCCCAGCCCUUUGAGCUGUGGUAGGCAAGCUGUGAUUUUAUGCAAGAUGAACUGGCAUGUUAUACAAAAGACUAUAUGACAAAUGAACUUAAAAUAAUAAUUUAAACCCCAGUUGAAUUAGCUGUUUGUUUACAUCUGCUGACCCAAUGUGGAAGCAGUGUACAGUUAUUUUAUAAAUAUGUUCAUUUAGUAACACUAUGUUGUUUCUAGAUAGAGUGAUGCUAGUGUGUAGGUGGUUAUAUACUUGUCCUAGAUAUUGCAUUAUAACUCACUAUUCUUUAACAAUAACAGUGUGACUUAAAUGACGUAAUCCCACUACAAAUCCAGUCUUAAUUUUGUGGCAUUAAAAAUGCAUGCACUGCUUUAUGCAUUUCUUUUGACUUCUCAAAGGCACUUAUAUUAUUGCCUACUGUGAUGCUUAAACGAGUUAGGAACUCACUCAAAUCGUUGGGCUCCUUAACACUGUUUGGGGAUUAUGUUCCACUUUUAAAAAUUAAAAACAAAAAUGUAACCAAGGGUUAUUUUUAUCUUUUUUUUUUUAAC